UUGCCUCCGGCCCUGAUCCAGACGACCAAACGAGCUUGGAACGAAAUGUCCAGUCUCUGUCAGCGGUUGUGACGGCGCCGUCGCAACUAUGUGAUUCGUCCCUCCACGGCGCUCUCGGACUACUUUAAUACAAGGACAUUGAUGAGAGUGUGCUGUCAAGCUGAUCCUCCUUCUCUGCUCUCUCGUACCCUCAUACAUAUCUGCGCUACCAAACAUUAUGUCUCAACCCGGCGUCAGCAAGGAUGUGCAGGCGGAAUUGAUGAAAAAGCGCACGCGACGCCGAGACACGGUCAAGGCAGAAAAUGGCGUGGAGAGAAAGCCAUUAGAUCUCUCCGCGCACAACCAAGUACCCUAUCCCGUGCAUUAUUCGCCCGACCUCUUUCUGUAUGAUAACUGGAAUUUCAUCUUCAUGGGCGGCUUGGUCCGUAAUAUCACCGUCCACCGUUUCGAGACACUGCCUACAAAGGUGCUUGACCUGGGAUGUGGAAAUGGCCUGUGGAUCGUCGAAGCUGCGAAGCAGUGGCAGAAUACGAAAUUUGUCGGGUUCGACAUACAAAAAUGUCAACCUGACCUGAUGCGACCAGAAUUGGAGCUGACGGAGAUUGCUGAGCGUGUCGAAUGGGUGCAUGGAGAUUUAUUGGAGACUCUACCGUUUGAAGCAGAGACCUUUGAUUUUGUUCGGGUAUGCGGACUGGGACUCGCCGUCCCUGAAGAUGAAUGGCAAGAUCUGUUUGAAGAAUGUGCACGUAUCUUGGUACCGGGUGGUUUGAUCGAGAUGGUCGAAGACGACCUAAUCUUUCCGAGCACCCGUCUCCCAAAGAAGGACGAGUCAUCUCCAGGAGAACCCAGCAGCGCGAAGAGCUCAUUCAGCGCACCUUCGGCUCCUGCGAGCUCCAAAUACGACACGAGCCAGUCGAGUCUCGGCUUCGUAUCCGUACCUUCGAACAACUCCUCUGAGCACCAACUCAUGCCCCCGCCACUUCUACUGGAGAAGUCGAGCAGCACGGACACGUCGUCGUCAAAGGUCUCUGCAUCCCACGAUCCGGAGCAACAGCCAGUCGAUCCUCGCGAUCAUACGAAACUUAUACAAUCCUGGGAUAACAUGCUGCAUCGCAGAUUCAUCACUCCAAACAUACUAUCGGUCUUGCCAUUCUACCUCUCUGCGUACUUCCACGACAUCCAGUUGAUGCCCACUUUGCAUAUCCUUCUCCCACCCAGCUCGCAGCAGCUGAGCAGCGACGACCCUCUAAGCGUACACCGACAGUUCGUGGAGACACCAACCAAUUUGGCCGAGCUAUACCUCGACCUGAGGACGCACGGGACUCGCUGGUCGACCGACCAUCCUGAGGGUAAUUCCUUACGUUCUCGACAACCAUCCAGAAGCGCUACUAUCACAUCUUGGGCUUCCAUCCAUUUGGCCAGGGGAGUCGAGACCGUUCGCUCUUGCCGAUCCGCUAUGUGGGAGGAAUUCAGAAACGGGAAAGGGUUUGGGGAAAAGCCCGAAAUUGAUGAAGUCAUAUUGCGAGAGGAUUUCGACCUCGCAUGGACGAAUUGGGAAAAUGACAUGAAGGACCGCAUGUCCAUGCGCGCAAAGCUUUACGAAUCGCUUGCCUGGCUGGAAUCAGGCAGCAACGAUCGCCCCGACUGGAAAGUCUGGCGGGAGCGUGCCGGGGAGAUGGAAAUUUCGGACGCAGCCUCGACCUCGUCCUCGUAUAUCGGGCCUGAAAAUCUCUGCAGGUCGAUGCGAGCCUUUGUGGGCGUGAAGCCCAAGGAAUCUUAAGCGUCCGUUAUGCUGGCGGAGCGGAUCGUCCACAUCUUACUUGUCCUCGCGUAUUUACUGAAUUCCGGAUAGGUUGCGUAACACACCACUAAUAGAAGAAUAAAUACUGGGCCUGUUCCAAGUGAGAUGCUCGUGUGCAGCACUAACUCUGUUCCUCGCACGCGCCAUCGUAUCCGUAGACAGACGACAAAAUAGCUCCUGACCUCAGACAGCAUGCGUCGAGACACGUCCAGUGCGGGUGCAUGCAUUACAGUACCACGUGACGCUGUUUCUUAACUCUCUUCUGCAAGGACCAGUGACCGCAUCCACAGACCGAGAUCCCCCUCCCCCCUCAGUAUUCCCGCAUAUCAUGUCCGAGGCAGCAGCCCCUGCGGCAGAGACACCGGCAACGUCGACCGCGCAGGUCGACCUCACGAAAUACAAGGUUGGCGGAUGGUCAGGGGCGU